GCUGCACGUGAGCCGCGCCCCCCUCGCGCGGACAGCCUUCAGUAAGAGACUUGGGCCCGGCUGGCCUCCGGAAGCCGCGCGAGCGGGUGCGGUGAAGAGGAGAGCAGAGAGGGCUCGCUGGGUUCCCAGCCAAAUCCGACGUAUAUCUGGGAGUGGCGCGCGCCAUCUCAACGGUGAGGGACCACCGUUCCCUCCCCCACCGGGAUGUGCAGAUGGAGGCCGGAGGAGACACUGCUGCCCCAGCCCCCGGGGACGCGGAGGACUUGGAGGACACGCGGUUCACCAGUGAGGAGGCUGGAAAGGGUGGAGGGGUUCACGAGGACCUGCCAGAUCCCAGAGACGGGGGCCUGGAGGAAACAGGAUCUGAGACCAAAGACCAGCCACCUGGCAUGCUGUCACCACUGCCCCAGUCAGAGGCCUCAUCAUAUACCUGUGGACUCUGGGAUCCUGCAGCCUCUGAAAAUAGUCCCACGGGUGACUCUGAGAGUGAUUCUGGAGGCCAGGGUGGGGACCCCAGUGACGAGGACUGGCGCAGCAAGCGAAAGCAUGUGUUUGUGCUGAGUGAGGCAGGCAAGCCCAUCUACUCAAGGUAUGGUAGUGUGGAGGCACUGUCGACUACCAUGGGUGUGAUGACAGCCCUCGUGUCCUUCGUGCAGAGUGCAGGAGAUGCCAUCCGCGCCAUUUAUGCUGAGGACCACAAGCUGGUGUUCCUACAGCAGGGCCCACUGCUGCUGGUGGCUGUAUCAAGGACUCCUCAGUCAGCAGCCCAGCUGCGGAGGGAGCUGCUAGCUGUGCACGCACAGAUUGUGAGCACAUUGACACGUGCAAGCGUGGCCCGCAUCUUCGCCCGUAAGCAGAACUAUGACCUUCGCCGCUUGCUGGCCGGCUCAGAGCGCACACUGGACCGGCUUCUAGACAGCGUAGAGCGGGACCCAGGUGCCCUGCUCCUGGGCGCUGUGCGCUGUGUGCCCCUUGCUCGCCCACUGCGGGAAGCACUAGGUGUACUGCUCCGACGUUGCACAGCACCCGGCCUGGCACUAUCAGUGCUGGCAGUGGGUGGUCAACUGGUGACAGCAGCGCAGGAGCGGACUGUGCUGGCUGAGUGCCGGCUGGACCCAGCCGACCUGCAACUGCUGCUCAACUGGGUGGGUGCACCAGCCUUCGCAGCGGGAGAGGCAUGGGCACCUGUGUGCCUGCCCCGCUUCAACCCUGAUGGUUUCUUCUAUGCAUACGUGGCCCGCCUGAAUACCAUGCCUGUCUGUCUGCUGCUGCUUGGCACCGACCCCGAGGCCUUCCAUGACAUGGCCACCUGUCGACGCCUGGUUGAAGACGGCAUGCACACCCUGGGUGCAAUGCGUGCCCUUGGGGAGGCUGCCGGCUUCUCUAAUGUCCCAUCAUCCAAUGCCCCUGCCUACAGUGUACAGGCUGUGGGGGCACCUGGUCUCCGGCACUUCCUCUAUAAGCCACUGGACAUCCCCGACCAUCACCGCCAGCUGCCCCAGUUUACCAGCCCUGAGCUAGAGGCCCCGUACAGCAGAGAGGAGGAACGGCAGCGCCUGUCAGACCUGUACCACCGCCUGCAUGCGCGCCUCCACAGUACCUCCCGACCCCUGCGCCUCAUUUACCAUGUGGCUGAGAAGGAGACACUGCUGGCCUGGGUGACCUCCAAAUUUGAGCUCUAUACCUGCCUCAGCCCCCUGGUGACCAAGGCAGGUGCCAUCCUGGUAGUGACCAAACUCCUGCGCUGGGUGAAGAAAGAGGAGGAUCGGCUCUUCAUUCGUUACCCACCCAAGUACUCCACACCCCCAGCAGCCCCGGCUGCUUCUGCAGACCAAGCUUCCCAUAACGGCUUGUUCACUGGACCUUGAGAAGCAGAGCUUCCAGAUUGGGCAGUGCUGGGAAUAACCAUCUUUGGCUUUUACCUUCCGUCUCCACCCUGGAAAUGAGGUGGACAGGGUGGGACGUGGUUGAUGGUGGUGUCUGUGGCUGGUCCCUCUCUCCCUGUGCAAUGGGGCAAGAUCUGAGGACCUGCCCACAAAUGAGAGAUGGGUGGCAACAUGACUGCACACAGGUAAGCAGGCUGCAUCUCAGCUCCCUCAUGUACCUCCACCUUUGGAGAAAUCCUUAGGCCUCUCCCCCUCCCUCUGCUUCACCUCCUCUACUUGGAUGACAUUCCAGUUUUUGUCAAGCUAUCUACUAGUCUUAGGCUCUUCCCUGCAUCCAGAGUCUGCCUCCUCAAUGACCUCUCAGUCCUUGAGUGUCCAGGGCUGGCCAAUGUCUCUUUGGGUGGCCCAUAGGGGUUCUGGAAUUGGGAAUACAGGGCCAGCCUGUGCACAUAAAAUGCCUAAACCAAUCCCUACAUGGACAUUCUUUUACCCUUCAUGUACUUCAUCUUUGCCCUGUCACCCAUGUUGGCUGCUGCUAAUAUUAAUGGGAAGGUGGUCCCCAGUCUACCUGUAUGUGUAACCCAGGACAAAGCCCCUUGCUGUACACGUUGGCUGAAAGCCAGAAUUUUUACAUAGGAGUUACAUUUAGCUUCUAAGGCUUAUUCUGCCCAUUCAUGAAAUGAAGAGAACCUCUCACAAGCUGUUGAUUUGCGAACUUAAAGGGAUUCGAACAUCUGUGUACCACCGAAUAAUACAUGCACAUCUGUCCCAGACUUUCUCACAACCUGCACAAUACAAGCAACCUGGAGAGGGAGAGAAGCCUUGUAGAGUUUGUAUGUGUACGCACAGAACUCACUCCCCGACCCACUAAGACCCUAGGUCUGCCCUUGUUUCCUCUAACCUGGGGUUGGGGCGCAUGGAGCCAACUGCCAACCGGGUAGUGGUGAGCGGACGCGCACUGCACGCGUGCGCACUGCAGAGCCUGUGUACGCUCGUAGGGAUUUAUUUCCCCAACCAGUUGUCCAAGGCGCAGGCGCAGAAGCCACGCGUUAGAAGAUGGCGGGGAAGUUGGAGCCUUUGGAAGUGGAGCCGCCAGAAGUUGUAGAGGAGGCUGAGGCGGGUAAAGGUAAUGAGGACAAGCUGGCUUCUCCCAGCCGGGGCAAAAGGCGGGAGACUUCGUCCCAUUACAAUAAUGAAAUAUUGGUAGAAGUACUAAAAUAAGUCAAAUUUUAAGCUUUUUAUAAAAUACUGUUCAAAGGGGAGAUAACAUGUAUAUUCUCAUCAUGUAGAUCACCUUGUCAGCUUCUUUGGAUAUAUUGCUUAGUAUUCUAAAGUAAACAAUAGAUUAAAGACUUCAGUAUGCAUCUCUUCAAGCAACGAGUGCUGGUUGACAUUCUCACAAAAACCACUGCUGCUUCCACAUCUAAGAAAGUUAAUUCUCCAAAAUCAUUUGACACCCAGUGCAUACCACACUUUGCAUGGACUCUUACAUAUUGUUUGACAAUGGCCACUCCCACAGACGGCUUCUUUUCUCCAGGGCGUUUUGAUAAUGACACCCACACUCCAGUGAAGGGGAAAAAAAGUCCUACAGACAAGUGGAAAUUGCAGUCUAACCAAAAUCUCUCAAGACGGUGAUCCACUACUGUGCCACAUUUUUAACUAGGAAUUUUCAAAAGGUACCCAAGUUCAGAAAAUAGCAUGUCGAAUGCCCAUAUACCCAUCACUGUUUCAACAGUUUUCAACUUUCUGCCCUCCUUUAUAACUCCUCUUCCUGCACAGCCUUUAAACCACUAUAUUAAUAAACAUGUUGGAUUGCAUUUCUCCAGACCUAUCCAUGCAGACAUCAACAAUAAUGACUAUUUACUUGUUUAUUGUCCUAGCAUGUGAGCUGUGUGAGAACCAUUUAUUGCUGUUUCUCCAACACUCAAAUAAUGCCUGCUUGGCAUAUAGUAGGUGCUCGAUAAUUAUCUUUGUUUAAUGUAUGAAUAAUGAAAUAAUUUUAACACGGAGAGCUCUUAGGUUAGGGCCACACAUUGAAUGCCAGCUUUCAACAAUGGAGACAGAAAUGAGAGAGAUGCAAAUAGACCUCAUUUAUUAAGCACUCACUAUAGCUGAUGCUGUUCUGAAAAAUUUAGUAUCAGUCUUUCAAAUUUACCAAACUUGAAGUUAUUCACCAGCAAUGGAGAAACUUUAAAAGCAUAACAAGUUCCCAUUUCUAGCCAUCAAAAUUGACUUUAUAAAAGGAGGGAUAAUAAUCUAGUAUUGAUUACUUUGUGGAGAAAAAGGCCAUCUCUUAACUACUGGAGGAGCUGACCAGUAGAGGCUGUGCUAGAGACAGUUUGGCAGAACAUUUUGAGCAUCCAAAGUGCUAUUUCAUCUCUUAAGUCACCAUGCUUGGUAAUCAGAAUACACAUGUGCGGAUAAGGAAGGGUCAUUGGAGUUUUGUCAUUGAAAGCAAAACACAAGGAGAAAUCAUGGAGAGUGAAUUUAGGUAUAUCCAUGCAUGUUGUGGAAUGCCUUUAUAGUGGACUUCUUUAAGCAGCAGGAAAAAAAAAAUUUUUUUAUUUGAUUUAAAAUAAUUAAAAAUUAAUUUAAAAAGGAUAAGACCAUGAUUUAUUUAUAGAGAAUGAGCUCCAAAAGAGAUCAUAUUUUUAUGAGAAGAAUGCAAGUUGGACUGAAAAAAAGUAUCAACUGUGUUCCUGUGUGUUGCACAGAUAGAUGUCUAUAGGCUAAAGGCCUAACUAAGCACUCUUAACAAGGGACUUGGGUUUGGGGGGCUGCGCAGAAGUGGAGGCAUUUUUUUAUUUUUAUUUUUUGUUUUUUCUUUUAGGAAAAUAUAAGUAGUACUAUAUAAUUUUAAAACAUGAGAAAGGGAAAAAUUUGAAUGGCAUCUGAGUAUCUUAAUAUUUGUUACUAUUAACAUCUUGGUUUUGGUGGUUAUACAGUGGUUACCUGGUAGAUUCCCUUGUAUAGAGGAAAUAUGCACUGGAACAUUAAAGAAUAAUGGGCCAUGGUGUCUGUAAUUAAUGGUACAGAAAUGCUCAAAAAUGAGAAACCUGAUAACAAGGACAAAUAGGAACAUUGCGGUCUAUUUCUACAACUUUUAUGUACAUCCGAAAUUAUUUCAAAAUAAAAUGUUUAAAAGGGG